AUGUCAAACUUACAGCGUCGUAGGGUGAAUCGGGCUGAUUCUGAAGGCGAUUCGUCCGCUCAGGCGAGUGAAUUCAUCGAAUCAACGACAUCGAAGAAGGUCGCUUAUGAUCCAGAAGAAGCUAAGAUAACUGAUAACGUGAAGAUCCCGAAAUUGACUCUUAUGGAAGAAGUUUUGUUGCUUGGAUUGAGAGAUAAGGAAGGUUAUUUGUCGUUUUGGAACGACAAUAUUUCGUACGCCUUACGUGGAUGUAUUCUAAUCGAGCUUGCCCUGAGAGGCAAGAUUCGCAUUAUAGAUGAUUCUGCUAGGAAAAGAUUUGAUGUGUCGGAGAGGUUGAUUGAGGUUGUGGAUGCGAGUAAAACUGGUGAAGUUUUGCUGGAUGAAGCUUUACAAUUGAUGAAGUAUGACGACCCCUUGACUAUCGCGAACUGGAUCGAUCUCCUCAGUGGCGAGACGUGGAAUCUGCUGAAGAUCAACUAUCAGCUGAAGCAGGUCAGGGAAAGAUUAGCCAAAGGGCUUGUCGACAAGGGUGUUUUGAGGACAGAGAUGAAGAACUUCUUUCUCUUUGACAUGGCGACUCAUCCAGUUACAGACACUAGUUGCAAGGAAGCCCUCAAGCGCAGAGUACUUUCCGUGCUAGUUUCAAGGAAUAUGGAGCUGAAUUACAAUGAUUACUUUCCAGAGACUACAUCUUUCAAGUUCAUAAGGACAAUUGCAUUAAUAUGCGGUGCCUACCGUGCUAAUGUACUCGAAAACGUCCUGACGUCACUGGAUUACGAGAAGAGAGAUCGUGCAAUUGCAAGAGCUGAUGAACUUCUUGAACAAUAUGCACAGUACCCGUUUGCUUUGGAUAAGGCAACGGAAUCCGGUCUUUCAAUCAACUUGAGCCAAGAAGUGAAAGAAGAGAUCAAUGAGAAUAAAAACUGCGCAUUACAGCUGGAAGUGGUGGCUGGUGUAUUCGAAGUCUUCUCAAGGAUGGACAUGCUAUUGUAA